CGAUUACCAAUGGGAUCAGAAGAAACCUUAGAUAUCUUUGAAAGAUUUAUCAUUUUUAAUGAAACUAAUAUUAAAACGGUAAAGGUCGUCGGUUAUGGUCUUUCUAGUAUUAGUUUAGUAAUUGCACUCUACCGAAUUAGACCCUUUUCUAAAUUUAGAAAUCCAACCAGUAUACCACCUCAUUUUUUGCAUAAAAAAGUUCCACUUCAAGGUACUGUAAAGCGCAUAGAGUCCACUUGUAGUGCACUUUUAAUGGUCGAUCACAAGCCAUUAAUAGCACUACCUCGAUUGAAUAGUGCAAAGUACUUACCCAUUAAAAUUGCUGGACUUGAUAUAACAUCUAACGGUAUUAGCUGGUUACAAACAGUCAUUAAUGAAAAAGACAUAAGUUUUAUUCCUUUGUUUUCUACAAAAGAAUAUUUAAAUUGUAUAGUUACUACAGUAUUGCCACAAAAUCAGGAACAAAUAAAGAUCGGGGAGGAAUUAGUAAAACUUGGUUUUGCUGUGGUGCAACAAGAUUCUUUAAAAUCAAUGACAGAGUGUCAGGAAGUCUUAACUUAUCAAAAACGCUUACUAAAUGCACAAAAGUGGGCAAAACGUAAAAGAAACGGAUAUUGGCAUUUUGCUGAACAACCUACAUUCUUAUGGAAAAUGCAACAACAUUUAAAUGAAAAAAUGAAAAAGGUACUUCCAAAGUUUAUAAUACAACUACUUCAAAUUUGAAGUUCCAGAAAUUGUUACUUUAGAUUGAUAUGAAAAAUUUAGUAUACAUUUUUGUAAUACAAA